AUGCAUAGUUUUAUGGAUUAUUGCCUUCGUACAUAUUUUAAGACUAUUGACUGGAAUGAUGAUAACCAAUAUUCUAAUUUAUGUGCGGCUUCACGAGCAAUAUUGGACUUUCAGAUACCACGUGGAUUAACAUUUGCGAUAUCAAAAAUCAAAUUUCCAUUACUCAAGGCAUCAUAUUCGAUGAAUGUUUCACCGAUACUUAAUGGUUCAUUGGGAUAUUUAUUCACAUCGCGACCAUUAAAAGUUGAUCCAAGUGAACGUGUAAACUUUAUGGAAAUGAUCGAUAGAUUUCAUAUUAAUUAUAUGCCAAGAAAUUACUCUCCUGAGGUUUUAAAUAAGAAUGAUGAUGGCUCUGAAGUAAUUAAAGAUUAUUUACUAUAUGGGCGUUUGUUUGUCCCAACUGGUCGUCUUGAAGCCAUUUAUUCCAAGAGAUUUUCUCGAUGGAUGCAAUGUGUCGUCACAGCUGUUAGUGAUCCAAGGUCAAAAGCAGCUUCACACGUUACCACCGAGUUACAAUAUGACGUCGGACAAUGGUGUACUGAACUGUCUUAUACCACUGAUGGAGAAUUGUUUGGAGUGAGAGGAUUAUACAAUUUUGCAAGUCAAAGUCAAGAAGAAACGGAUACAGAUUCUAACAAUGAAGAACAGAGUUUACAGGAUAAAAAGAAAAAGAAGGACGAUAAUUUGAAAGCACCUCUGGUUGAAAGAAAUGUGUUUGACGUAUCAUCUGAAUCCGAAGAUGAUGAUGAAGUGGAAUCAUUGAAAGGAGAAUGGUCUAUCGGUGCUGAAUUAUAUUACGGUGUGAGAGAAAGAAGUGGUGGAGUUUCCGCUGGGAUACGUUAUCGAUCACUCCCACAGUUUUCGUUACAAUCUCCUAUUAGUGUGACUUACCUGAUUAAUCCGAUCAUGGGACAUAUGUCAGCGGCGUUUGCUGCGCAAGUAUCUGAUGAUUUGGCAUUAUGUCCAAGAUUCGAAUUUAAUAUGUAUAGUUAUGAGAGUGAUUUGAUGAUUGGCGCUGAAUGGUGGCAAAGAGAGCACGAAAGAGAAAGUGAGUCAAACGAUGAUACUGUUAAUAAAUCUUCACAAGGUGAAGUAACUGGAAUCGUAAAAGCUACAGUAGGAACUUCUAGGGGAAUUACACUUUUGUGGGAAGGAAAAUAUGGGAAAAUGUUGUUUAGUUUGGGAUUAGUAGCGGAUUUAACUUCUAGAAUAUCACCUAUACGAUCAGUUGGAUUACAAUUUCAGUAUUUUUCGUAG